UCUAUAUAGAAAGAUAAUGAUGCGAAUAAAGUGGUCCUUAACCAAAGCACCAAAUAUCAUUAGACUUAAUUUGAAACAAAAAUGGUGGCAUCUUCAAAUCAUUAUAAAAUCUUUAUUUUAUAAUGAAUUUUUAAAUUGGAGUUAUGUUUGUGACAUACUUUUAGAACCAAUGUUUUGGUUUGUACAAAAUUUUACUGCUUGUUUAGGACCGGUAUUUGUAGUAAUGAUAAGCCUUUUAACUACAAGUAUCGUGUACAUUGCAUAUUACAUUGGUCUACCAUAUUGGUGGGAAAAGAGUCCAUUAAUGACAAUAAUCCUCUUAGUGAUUGGAAAUUGGUUAUUAGGAAAUGUAUGUUUUCAUUAUUAUAUGAGUGUAAAUGUUCCAGCUGGUUGUCCACCAGAAGGUGGACUCAUACCAGAGGCUGUGAGUAUCUGUAAGAAAUGUAUUAAACCAAAACCACCCAGAACACAUCAUUGUUCUAUAUGUAAUAGAUGUAUUCUUAAGAUGGAUCAUCACUGCCCAUGGUUAAAUAAUUGUGUUGGUCAUUAUAAUCACAGACAUUUUUUUCAAUAUAUGAUCUUCACGGUAAUUGGUGUUUUAUUCAUAAUGCUAUUCGGUGUAGAGAUAGCAUAUCAAGAAUUCUUUCCAGCACAAGAACCAGAAUUAGAUGGUCAUCCAGUACGCAUUAACAAUUCUGAAAUAAUUCCUGUGACUGAAUCACUAGAUCAUCUGAGUGAAGAAGAAUUGGCUGAAAUAGCUAAGAAAGCAGCAGAUACAAAUGUUAAAGAAUGGAAACGUCGGCUUAUAGUUUUUGCAGCACUGAUUUGCGUAGCGACAUUUGCAGCAUUAGGAGCUCUAACAUCUUGGCAUGCAGGUCUCAUUAGUAGAGGGGAAACUAGUAUAGAAGCACGAAUAAAUGCAACAGAAACACAAAAGUAUAAGGUACUUGGUAAAAUAUAUCAGAAUCCUUAUAACUUUGGACCAAGACAAAAUUGGAAGCUAUUUUUGGGUAUAAUUGGCAGAAGUUGGUGGCAUGUUCUUUUUCCAUCCAACCAUAGACCAUAUGGAGAUGGCCUUACAUGGAAAACUAUUCAUGAUACAAAAAUAUCUUGAGUAUAAUUUCUGUGCCUAGUAAUGGCAGAGGUUACACUUAUUUUUUACAGUCAUAAAAUCGUGCUUACACAUUUUUAAAUCUUCUAGUCAAACUACAUUACUACAUUUAUAUAGUA